UUGGAUUAUGAUGAUUCCAGAUUCAAGAGCGUGAUGAGGGAGCUCUCAAGUAUCUAAAGGAUAUCAAGUGGUGCAGAAUAGAUAAUCCCAAGGGUUUCAAGCUUGAGUUUUUCUUUGAUCCUAAUCCUUAUUUCAAGAAUGCCAUCCUGACAAAAACGUAUCAUAUGAUUGAUGAUGAAGAACCGGUCCUAGACAAAGCAAUAGGGACUGAAAUUGAAUGGUUGCCAGGAAAGUGCUUGACUCAGAAGCUUCUGAAAAAGAAGCCAAAGAAGGGCUCAAAGAAUGCCAAGCCCAUUACCAAAACUGAAGAAUGUGAAAGUUUUUUCAAUUUCUUUAGUCCACCUCAAGUCCCUGAUGAUGAUGAGGAUAUCGAUGAAGACAUUGCUGAGCAGCUACAGAGUCAGAUGGAGCAAGAUUAUGAUAUUGGGUCCACUAUCAGAGACAAGAUUAUUCCUCAUGCUGUUUCGUGGUUCACGGGGGAGGCUGUUCAGGAGGAUGAUUUUGAGGACUUAGAAGAGGAUGAUGAAGAUGAAGAUGGGGAGGAUGACGAAGAAGAAGAGGAAGAGGAAGGAAGGACCAGGAAGAAGGUAUGUGUCUGAGAUUUCUAAAUUUUACUCUUUUUAGGUCUGAAAUAUUUGAGAAUGGUGUGCUUACUUUUGAUCUGCUUUAUUGUCCCAAGCAGACAGCUACAACAAAGAAGGUGAGAUAUCUACUCACCCACUUGAUCUUAAUCUGCAUAGUUCUUAAUCUAUAUUCUAAAUGAUGGUUAUCUUACUGCAGAAGAGUGGAGGGGAUGGUCAACAAGGGGAUCGGCUCGCGGAGUGCAAGCAGCAGUAAGGCUUUUCUGGAAUGAAGUAUUUUUCGGGCUUUCUAGAGUGUAGGUUGAAGUAUCUGUUUUCAGGUGUUGGCUAAGUGAAGUGAUGCGUUCUCAUUCCAUGCUGUUGUUUUAUGUGGAAAAUAUGAGGAAGAGGAAGUUUUGGUGUCUUCGACAUUUUUAUACUACCUUUAGUUUAUUCUUUUACUCGCCUUGCGGGAGACAGUUGUUAGAUUAUUUGUAUGCCUUUUUGGUCGGGGAAGAUUUUUGUACUGCCUUUCUAGCGUAUACCCGGAUGAACUAUUAAUUGUUAUAUUUAUAUAUAAUGAUUAUUGUGCCUUCCUGAUUUUUGAAUAUGAUGCUAGUAUGCUUUCAUGGUUCUGAAUGUACUGCAGAGGCUUCUGUAAUUUAUGUUCCUUCUCAAAGUUGUAGAGGGAUCCAUGGUUUAUGGUGAAUGCCUACAUCCAUUCUGUCUUGAGAAUUUUGUAAUUCCUUUUUGUGCUGUGGUAUUAUUGUCUUGAA